AUGGUAAGUCAGUGCUUUUUCGUAGCUUUUUUUCUCAACUGUCAACCUAAUUUGUGUGUUUUAAAAGGUGAAACCCGAGAGUCUGCCGGAAAUGGAGCUGAAGAGGAUGCAGAUGAAGAUGAUGAUGAUGAUGUAGACGAGGAUGAUGUUGAAGAUACAUCCAAUGACCUGUCUGCUCAGGCCGGCCGACGUGCACCUGCUCGGCGGAAAGUUGCAGCCUGUGCUGCCUCUGAGGAAUUAUAUGAUGAUGCUGGUGAUGAGGAUGAUGAGGAAGCAGAUGAGGAUGACGAUGACGAUGACGAAGAUGAUGAAGACGACGAGGAGGUUGGUUUGGAAGCACUCCAGAACAGCAAAGAGCUUGAGGAUGACGAAGAAGACUAUGCGCCUCCAGAGGGUGACGAUGAUGAAGAGGAUGAUUUCGAUGACGAUGACGAGGAGCUUGAUGAAACUGGCGUCGUCGCAAAUUUGUCUGCGGCUGGCGUAACUGGCCCACGACGACCUGGCUCGAAAAGACGCACAUCUGAUGGUGCAGGAGACUACAACAAUUCGGGUACAAUAAAAGGCGCCCCCGUGUCGAAGUUAAGGCGUUCUGUCGAAUUUGAUUCCGCUCCAGCCGAGGAAGUCGCGAGCAAUGAUGAUACCACUGACGAGUAA